AUGAUAAAGUAUCUGCUGCUUAUAAGUAGGCAGGGCAAGCUGCGGCUGGCAAAGUGGUAUCUGACCUAUUCAAAGAAGGAAAGGGCCAAAAUUGUGCGUGAGGUGUGUCAACUUGCAUUGGGUCGCUCGGUCCGUUUUUCCAAUAUCUUGGAGCACCGCGGCUCCAAGUACGUCUGUCGCCGUUAUGCCUCUCUGUACUUUAUCGCCUGUAUCGACAAGGACGACAAUGAGUUGAUUACCAUCGAGAUUAUUCACCGCUUUGUGGAGAUUCUGGAUCGUUACUUUGGCAACGUUUGCGAGCUGGAUCUCAUCUUCAACUUCCAUCGAGCCUAUUUUGUGCUGGACGAAGUAAUGCUAGGCGGCGAGCUGGAGGACAGCAGCAAACGCAUGAUUCUCAAGUAUGUUCAAACACACGACAGCGUAGCAGAGGAAAGCGAGCAGUCCGGGCCAAACGGCGCGGCAGCCGCUCUAGCGGCAGCAGCUGUUGGUUCGCUGAAGAUUUCGUAG